AUGGAAAAGAUUUCUAAAGCGUUCGGAAGUAAGAAAGACGAAGGUCAAGCGCUGCAUCCUUCUGAUGCACCACCCCCAUCUUAUGAGGCUAGCGAGCAGCAACACAACUACGAUCCUUCAGCAGGGCAGCAGCAGAGUUACGGCGGCAAUUUCAGUGAAGGGAAGCAAAACUAUGAUGCUAACGCCAACCACGCUUAUAAUAACAACAAUAACAACUACAAUGAUGGCAAUAACUUCGACUCUUACCAGCCUCAGCCAUCGAACUAUGACCCAAUGCAGGAUCCGAAUGUAAUCAAGGUGCCACCUCAAAAGGUUAACAUUGCUCUGGCUAACCCUCAGCACUUGAACCCUUCGUACCCUCAAUUUCAGCAGAGAGAGCAGGAUAGAAGAAAAUUCGGCCACCAGGACCCUGUCUACAAACAUGGGGCACCAUUGUCCCAGGGCCAUGUAAACCCAAACAGCAAGACUGGUGGUUCUGCUUUUCCAGGGUCCAGUGGUGCAACAUACAAUAAUGCUGCGAACAAGUAA